CCAACCGACAACAUCCAAGCAUCGUUCCUCCUCUUUUGCCCGGAGCGUUCCCCUCCUUCUUCUUUCCUCUCCCUGCAACCCGGGUAACGACGGGGCUUGAGAAUCCGGGCUGGGACGGGAGACUCUCUAACGGCAGCAAUUUUUUGUGCCUCGGAUACGACCUGUCGCUCGGCAAUUGGUAACGGAAUCGGUACCCCGUAGCGCUAUCCGUCAUCGUCAAGUCGCUCGCUAUGCCGAUCCGCGUCAAGUCGAGGGCACAGCAUGCAGAGGCUCUGCGGACCCCAUCACCAACUGGCAUGGCACACUACAGCCGAUAUGGUGCCGAACUACCCGACAUCAGCCCAGACGAUAGUUUCCGCGUGCUGGUCAAGAAGUUGUCUGUUUACAUUGCCGGCGUCAUCCAGCUUCCUGUGACCUUUGAGCAGUUGAGAACCACGAGCGCGGGGGAUGGACUGCGUGCGCUGGUUGACCACCUGGGCACGAAUUGCACUCACCCUGCCAUCGUGAACGCGCUACUUGCGCUCAAAUGGCACUAUGGCGCGAUUAGUGAGGACAAGGGACUGAACGAAGCCCGGGCCAAUGGCUGUGAGAUUGUGGCCUGGCGCUUCCUCACCCAUCUUUCCGAGAGAGAAGCGGUGGAUUACUGUCUCUACGAGAUCCCAGACCCCAAGGACGCGGACGCGAGUCCCAGUGACGAAGAAACCGCCGUCGACGAGCACAGUGCUCUCCUGGGCCAGGCCUGGCGUGGCACCGCCAACUCGGCCCGCCAGGCCUUUGCCCAGCCAGCGAGCCUCAAGCGCAACAUGCUCCUGCAAUCCAUCUCUCGGCUUACCAUGAGCAUGACCGCCGACGACGACGAUGACGAGGAUGAGGACGACCCGACUGCGCACUUCACCAAUCUCAACGCCCUCGAGAUUGCCGCCAUCGCGGACGCCAAGCGCUUCCUGAGCCAGAAUGUGGUCCAGAAGAUCAUCACCGGUAUCUGGAACGGCGACAUCAUCUUUUGGGACUCGCUCUCGGUAUACUCUGUCAAGAAGCCGCGCUUCUACAAACCCGCCACCGCCGACCCCUUUUCCCGCCUGCGCGUCCCCAAAUACCUUAAAUCCUUCGAAGUUAUCUUCUUUACCAGCUUCCUCUUCCUCUACUACGCUGUUCUGAUGGAGCGAGACCCAACCCACAUCACUACCCUAGAGAUCUUCCUGUGCCUUUGGCUCGCUGCUUUUGCCUACGACGAGCUGAGCGAGUGGAUAGAUGCUGGAUCCAUCUUCUACGCUACUGACGUUUGGAACAUCUUUGAUAUGGCCAUGAUUGGAAUUGGCAUUACCUACUUCGUACUCAGAAUUGUCGGCUUGGAAACGCACAAUUCUCGUCUCGUUGAUCUCUCAUUUGACAUAUUGGCCCUCGAAGCGCUGUUCAUGGUUCCCCGUGUCUUCUCUAUUCUCAGUCUGAGUCCGUACUGGGGUACCCUCAUUCCAUGCUUAAAAGAGAUGGGGAAAGACUUCCUCAAAUUCAUGGUGCUCGUUGUCGUCAUAUAUGUCGGCUUCCUGACGACAUUCUCUUUGGUCGGCCGCGACGUCUUCUCCCUCAAGAAAAUGACGGGGUUCCUAACCCGCAUCUUCUUCGGUUCAAGUUCCGUCGGUUUCGACAUCAUGUACGACAUCGACCCCAUCUUCGGCCCUCCUCUCAUGACCCUCUUCAUCAUGCUCAGCUCCAUCCUGCUUACCGGCUCCCUGACCGGUAUGCUCUCCAACUCCUUUUCACGUGUCAUCACCCACGCUCGCGAGGAGUACCUCUACGUCUACAGCGUGUACGUCUUGGAAGCUUCCACCUCCAACCGCCUGACGCACUUCUAUCCCCCCUUCAACCUGAUCGCCCUCGUCAUUUUCCGCCCGCUGCGCCUCUUCCUGCCAUCGGACCACAACUUUCGCAAGGCCCGCAUUCUGCUCCUCAAAGCAACCCACCUGCCCAUUGUUGCGGUGAUUGAGUUCUAUGAAUGGCUGCGCGGCAGAGCCAACAAGGGUACGCAGUACCACGCCUUCCGCGGACCUCGCUACACCACCAUUGGCAGCCCCAACCCAGCGGCUACAGCCAAGCGCUUCUCGCACCAGCAACGCCACAAACAGUCCUGCGCCUCCCUCCGCGCUGACGCCUCCGCUGCUGCCGCCCCCAACACGCUCCGCCCGCCCCUGCCGCUCAGCAACAAAACUGCCCCCGAGAUGACGGCCACUCAUCCCGAUAUGGGGGCCUCGUCAUCCACUGAAAUCACGCCGCACCAGCGGCAGGAGACCGCCGGGGAGGCCGAGGUAGGGGCGAUGGGCGCGCCGUCCGCCGAUGUCGAGGCGCGAAUCGCCGACUUGUCGGCCAAGAUCGAGCGGCUGACCGAGCUGGUGGUCGCCCUUCACGCCAAUCAGAGUCGCCGUUUAACGGACGUCAACGUUCCCUAGCUUGGGCCCGGACAUGCUCGUAAAGAUGAUAUCUCAGGCGAGGCAAAGAGGUAAGGGAACGGUUUCGUGAUAGGGGGGUACGGUGGUCGUGCAGUAAGCACAUAGUGCUGGUGAGCAGAGGCGUUUGAGGGAAAGGGAUUUCUGCUCAUGAGGGCCCAUGUCAGGCAGUCUU